AUGGCUUCCUCUGCUAUUGGCGCGUGUUCGUUGUCGUUGAAGCACGUGGUGACUUUGGGGGCCCCAACGCUCGAUCGGUGGGUGGAUUUGAAGCGCGGGACGAAGUACGCUGGACGCAUUCGACUGCAGCUGCGACUUGUGGACGCGUCGACAUCCAGUGGACAGGACAGUAACGUUCCUGAUACCUGCAGGUCGCAGGACCGGGAUACGCACUUGAGUGUCCCGGGCGAAGAGACGCUGGAGGAUAUCGCGGCGCGGUCGCGGAAGUCGUCCAGACGUGGCCACAAGUACCAUCGCUCUGCCCGGCGGUUUGAUGGACGACCUCUGACGAAUACAGCAUUGGCGAGCAGCUGCAGUACCAACAGCAGCAGUAGUAGCAGCAGCCGUCGAAGCAGCAGUAGCCGCUUGGCCAGCGACAAGGACAACAGCUUGAAGCGGGUGUCGACACCACGUCGAUCGCUUCGGAACCAUAGCAGCAGUGCGACAUCGAGCGAGUCUAUCGAUGAUGACUCGAAUCCUGCGAGCGAUGAGUCGGCCUCGCCCAUCGUGUCUCCAAGACGCGAGCGAUCGUCGAGUGAAGACGGAUCGGUCUUUUGCGAUGUGGAUUCCAGCUUCGCGAUGGACAGACGAGCGGCAAAGGGGCCGACUUUGUCUCCUUUGGUGACACCUGGUGCUAUGGAAUCGUACACGCGGAUGAGGCGAUCCGAAUUAGAAUACUCGAAGGCGAAAAUUGCUAAUGUCUCGCGAGAACCGAGGACAGUAAAGCUGCCUGAGAACGGACAACGGCAUCUCCGAGAAGACGACGACGACGACUUGGACGAGUGUGUGUACCGAUGUAGCUCGAACAUGAGUUCGAUAGACAACUGUACAAAAUCGAGCGUGUUAUCGAGCAUUUCCGACUCUCGCGAGAGCUCCAGAAUGGACUUUGAUGAUGAUGACGAUGGAUGGGGCCCCGUCAGCACGACGAAAGAGUCGCUAAAGCACAGAUCUGGGUCGACUGCGCUAUCAAGCGUGGCCUCCAGUAUUUUUGACCCACGUGAUAGCUCUCGGGUCAGCUUUGGAGACAGCGAAAGUGGAGAUGAGGAGAGUGAUGACGUCAAAUUGGAGAAAGCACAUGAGCAGCGGCGGCAACAGUGGCGGAUGGAACAGCAAAAGAAACAGCUUGCGGCGAUCGAAGAGAGGCCUUAUUCCAUGUCAGACGAUGAGAGCGAUCAGGAGGGUGACGAGCACGAUGGACUUGAGUUGGAUUCGUCACGGAUGCAGUUCACUCCAACAAUUGCGACCCUUCUGACUCGCGAGAGUAACAACGUUCUGAUGGAUGAGGAAGACGAUGAAGAAGGUCCUGAGUCCCACAAGCUGAGCGAGGAGUUUGUGCCUAUUCUCGAAGCUUCGUCUCCGAUGUCUGUCGAUUUCGUGGACAGCGCACUGCGUUUGUCAAGUUGUAGUAGUUGA